UUAAAGUGACUAAAAUGAUCCUCAAAUUUUUUCAGAACAAGAUUUUUUUUAUCACAUGCACAGUGAAAUGUAUUUUCAAUAGUAAAAUAUAACUUAGAAAUGCAAUAGACAUUAAAAAAAAAAAAAAAUCUAAUUUUAGAUGGGGUAUCAAAGGGGGUGCCUCUAAUACAUGCAUAAUUACAGUAUUGCAGAUAUGUGGAUAAGGUGCAUGGUGUAAUGUUUUUCCCCCUAAAAUAGUCGUGUUAAAGCUCAGAGAUGGUUGUGGAAACCAUGUGUUUAAUCAUAAAUCUGUGCAGAUACAUUUAGUGAACCAUGUCAAAGUGUUGUUUUGAUGUGAUUUCUGUCGUAAACUGCAGGGCUAUACAGAUAAAGUGAUGAAAACUAGAUUGCACAUAACAUAAUUUUGCACUAAUGACCACGUGUGUAUCCUGCAUUUUUGCUGACAUUCAUCAUCAUCUGGUGGUGAUAGUUUUCUGCAGAUUGCAUGCCCUCGCCUUGUCAUCCAAGCAGAUAUUACACAAAUAAGUUUUUCAAACAGUGUGCAGAAAUAGUAAACAGUGCUCUAAAAUGUAUUCCACUCUGAUUUUUAACUUACCCUUCUCAUUCAGGCCAUUUUCUUGAACAUCAGCCAAACUGGUAACUUUUACCUUUUACUUCUAUCUAACUAGAAGUGUUUGGUAAAUCCACCAAAGUGGGAGAUCUUUAUUUUUUUCCGUGCUCUGGCUGCUCUCUGUGGCACCGCACUGUCAGAAGACCCCGAGGACUGAUGGCAAAAAAAAAAAAAAAAAAAAAAAAAACAGUCUGGGGGGCGCGGCUCGCAGUUUUGCCGCAGUUCAGGUCUACAUGUGGUGCUGAGAUUUAAAUUUGCCUAGCAACAUAAAUCAUAAUCACUCUGCAUUUUCCACGAGCUUAAUGGAUGCUGCGUGAACCAUCCCGGUCACCUAUAUAUAUAUAUAUACAUAUAUAUAUAUAUAUUGCAGCACAGCCUCGGAUACUGUAGUUUGUAAAUGUCACCAAUCAAAUUCUUGUGCAGCCUGGAAGCGCAGACCAAGUGCGCACUAAUGUCAUAUAUUUUGAGCUGCCAAAAUGAAGCGUGCAUCCUGCGAGCGCAGCGUGGUGACCUGAUCCGUCUGACACGUUGUCUGAAUGUUGACCUACUUCCCCCCAUGUGGGUCAGAGCGCAGGGAUGCAUCAAACAGAUCCCUUCCCCUGCACGUUUCUAGACAUCUUUGAUCGUCUCCAAGCACAUAUUUAGUGAUUUAUUGACAUUUACGCGUAUGUCUGGAAUGGGAAUGGUCGGACAUGCAUUGGUGCACAAUGUUUGGCUUCCAUAAGCCGAAAAUGUACAGGAGUUUGGACGGCUGCUGCAUCUGCCGCGCAAAGUCGUCCAGCUCUCGUUUUACAGACAGUAAACGGUAUGAGAAGGACUUUAAGAGCUGCUUCGGACUGAGUGAAACGCGUUCUGGAGAAAUCUGUAAUGCUUGUGUUCUGCUGGUGAAGAGAUGGAAAAAGCUACCUGUGGGCACCAAGAAGAACUGGAAUCACGUGGUUGAUGCCAGAGGAGGUCCAAGCCUAAAGAUAACAUCCAGGCCGAAGAAAAUAAAGUCCAUUUCCAAGAAAGCCCGGCCGAGCCAGAUCAGCAGGCUGCAGAAAGAGCUCAAAAGAAACAACUCAGAUGCCCACAGCACCACCUCCAGCGCUUCUCCAGCUCAGUCUCCGAGCUACAGUAACCUGUCUGAUGACGGGUCAGACACUGAACUCAGCCCAGGAUCAAGCCGCUCCCCUGUUUUCUCCUUCCUGGACCUCACCUACUGGAAGAGGCAGAAGGUGUGCUGUGGAAUAAUCUACAAGGGGCGCUUCGGUGAGGUGCUCAUUGACCCCCAUUUGUUCAAACCGUGUUGCCGCAAGAAGCAGCGGCAGCAGCAGCAGCAGCAGCAGCAGCAGCAGCAGGAGGAGGAGGAGGAAGACGAGGAGGAGGAGGACGAAGAGGAGGAAGUGGAGGUAGAGAUGGGCCAGGUGGGAGUGGAUGUGGGCAGACCCAAACCCCAGACAGAAGAGGAAGUGAAGGAGACGCCAACAUGUGAGGAAAAUGCAGAGUCGGCUCCACUGUGCGUUACCGUGACAACGCCUCCAGCCAGGAGCGUGGUGGUGGCGGAGGAGGGGUGGUAAAGUCCAAGCCUCCCUUGCACACAUCUCUGAAGAAAUCUUGAGGUGCUGUUUUUUCUAAAGCACUUACAGAAAGAAGUUGCCUCAGAUUGCCUUCAAUCACUAAGCAGCUGAAAUCCUCUGUUCUUCUCCACAGUGAUGUCGGAGGCUGGUUUAAUUACGUUUAUAUAGUAACUUAUGGACUUUUUGUUUUCACUUUGUCUUUUUUGUACUUUAUAUCCUUUCCAUCCUGAUGAUGGACCAUCAUCCGUGGUGUUUUUUGAUCUACUAUACUACUAUAAAAUGCUGGAGCUCGAGUUUGCUGGUACAUUUAGAAGAUUUUAUUCCAAAACGCAAUAAAUCCACUCACAUACAGAAUGAAAAAGGUGCUACCUGAAGUUCAUCACUCACAAUUUCAAACAUACAGGUGAAUCCAUUCUCAGAAGUAUAAGCUUAUAUGUUGAGAUGAUUAUUAUAAAGGAAUUAGAGUUGCUUCCUUUUGUUAUGAGACGAUAUCUCCUUUGUGUGAACUGGUGGUUAUCUCGUUUUGGAAUGAAUGACACUUUACAUGGACAGAGCGCAGACCUGUACAGUAGCCCUUGUGUUUGUGUCUAUUCACAUUGACGUCCUCUCCUCUCUAUCAAAGAGUUUGUGUUGUAGACUGGAUUAACGUCUCCGUGUGCAAAUCUGUGGGUCCCAUUUAAAUAAGGCCUAUUCACAGCUUCAACAGCAAAUACACCAGCCUUAAUAAUGUGUUACAGACAGUGCUAGUGUUAAUUCUGGAUUGGUAUUAAGGAACAAAAAGGGACUGUAGCUAUAUUUAUUGUGGCCUCAGCAACACAUAGUGCAUUUUGCAUGAAUGGCAAGCCCACUCAUCCAAAAGACUUAAUGAUCUGAUGCAUGAGUACUAAAUUGCAUGGCCUUAUAUGAACUGUAAAUCCUACUUUUAUUUUUUUUUAUCAAUUUCUCUGAAGUUCUAACUUAUUUUUGUAUGUAAAAAAAAAGAAAAAAUUAAAAAUAGAAGUGUCUUUGCAUAAUAAUACCACAUAAUACCGCAGCAAAACACACAAUCGGUCUAUUGUCAUUCAGCAAUAUUAAUAUCAGUAAUCUCUCUCAUUCCUGGUCAAUAUACGGUAAAAGACUUAUAGCCUACAAGCUGAAAUUCUAUGCCAUUGCCUCUUAUAUACCACAAAUGUGUUGUGAUAUAUAGCCUAAUAUUACUUUAUUUAUCAAAUGAAAGCCAAAGCACAUUGAAAUUCACCCAAUGUCAAAUCAAUGCAGGUUUUCUAUGGACACUUGUGCUUGUCCGAGGUCAUUUGUAUGUAUGUUUAUGGUAUUCUAAAAGAACACUAAUAUGAAAUUUUCAUACAUGUGAUGUUGUUGGGAGCAGUGGGUGUGUUAUGUACAUAAGGGGCUGGGUGAGCCUUGUGGCUCUUAUAUGCGUUUCAUUAUUUAUUUAUUUCAUAUUUAUUUGUAUCACUGCAUCCCUGCUUAGAAUUGUAAUACAUUGAAUUCUUUACAUCUUUAGCAUAUGUGUAGUAUGGUUUUUAAAUACACCAGAAAUCGAAUGUAAUUCUUGCGCAGGCUUUGCUUACCAUUGCGUGGAAUUACUGGUUGUCUAUAUUUGUGAAUUGUUAAGUAUUUAUUUACUCCUCAGUUGAGUUGCGUGCAACCUAACUUAUUCAGUACCAUCACUUUGGAUUUGUAUCAUGUAGAUUAAACAGCUGAUAGAUUGCAACCAAACUGUACUUUUCUCCUUUUAGCUUGUAGCUUAAGAUGUUACAGAACUUUAGGAUUCCUAACUUUAGACUUGCAUGUACUGUUGCUAUGCAUUUACUUAGCUUACGAGUUAGACAAAGCAGUUUUGUAUUUUUUAUACAUCAUGUACUUUUUUACUUGUCCCCUAUUAAAAGUAAUUUUGUGAGUUUUCUGGA